GUGAUACUUGAAUAAUAUUUAUAUAAAAUUAUCGCUUCGAACAAUAUUAUUUCUCUUAUUGAUAGCUAGUUUUAUGUAAGAGUUUAUAUAAGAGCUGUCGUUGGCAAAAAAAUGGACUGUGAAGUUUCGAGCGAGGGAUCAUCCAAAUCGGGCUCUAUUCCGGACAAAGAUCAUAAUUCAGAUGACGAAAUCCAGACAUCAGAUAAUGAAAUAAACGAAAUAAGGGACAUAGAAUUAGAAGUUAGUGAUAUUUCAAUAUUCGAAUUAGAAAACAACAGCGAAGAUUAUGAAACUAACAUGAUCAUAAACAACAAAUCCGAGUGUAAAGAAAUUUUACUUGAAAUCAACGAACUGAAAUCGAUCGUAGACGAGCAAUACAACAAAGUGAGAUUGUACGAAUCUAACUAUGAGAAAAUAAUAUCUGAGCGUAAAAACUUCCAAGAUAAAUUAGAAAAAGAGCAGCAAAAUAACGAGAUGUUAUUAUCGGAGAAAGAAGCCUUCUCGGCCGAGAAAAGAGCCUUGGAAAACGAUCUAUCAAACGUUAAAAGGCAAUUGGAAUUGGCCGAAGAAGAGAUACAAAUUAAGGACGAGGAGUUAGAAAAACUAAGGACUCACCAAACUAGCAACGAAGAGCGCAUAAUAAAAUUAUCCAAGCAAAAAAUGGAACUCGAGAGAGAAACUCAAAACCAAGCAGACGAGAUAAUUAAAUACGUAGCGCAAAUGCAAUGGCUAGAAAAAAUCAAAACCAAAAUGGAAUUGUCGAUAAUCAAUUUGAAUAAAAGAGCUGACAUCAAAAACCAGGAAAUCGAAGAUUUGAAAGAAACCUUUCAAACCAAAAUCAAAAGCUAUGAAGAGCAACUCAAAGAACACGAGAAAAUAAACGAAUUGUGUCGAAAAGAAUUGAACAAUUUAGAGAAAAAACUAAAAACACCCGAACCGUCUGAACUAAAAAGAAUGAAAAACGAAAUGAAGAAAAUGAAAAUCCUCAUCAAAGACUUGCAAUUGGAAGUAGACCAGUAUAGAACCAACGUUUCGAGCGAAACUAUCAUACAACAAAUGAAAAACCAGCUGCAAGACUUGGAAUGCGCCCGAGCCAUAGCUGUCAAAGCCAAGCACAGCCUCGAAACCGAUCUAUUCGACAUGCAAUUCCAACUGGAAGAAACCAUAAAGCAGAAGAAGAUCGAGGAAGAUCGCGUGGCCAGCUUGAUGCGCGAACGCACCGAUCUGAUGAAUUACAUCGACGAAAACGAGGAGGAAAUCAACGAGAUAAUCAGGAAAUUCGAAGAAACCAAAAACGACCAGAAGAAAAUCGGCCUGGCGAAGAAAACCACCGGCGACGCCUCCGGCAUACCAGCCAAAACUGGACCGCUGGAGAAUAUCAAAGACUGCGAACCGGACAUUAAAAACUUGAUAUUAUGGAAAGUAUAUGAGUAUGAAUUGCACGUGAACGAGCUGAUAUCGAAACUAAAAGUCGAGCAAAUGAACAAAAGCAGAUUAGAAAUACAAAACAAGCGAUUGAAAGAGGCGCUCGAGCGGGUGAAAAACGACCUGAUGGACUCGAAAAUGAAGGAGCAACAGAAGCAGGACCAAUUGUGGAAACUCCAACAGCAAUUAAAAGACAUCAAAGAGGAGUUCAACAAGAACGCCGUGCUCGUUAUGAAAAAGGAGGAGAUGCAGAAGCGAUGCGAAAUCCAAGAAGUCGAAAUUUCCGUCAUAAAAAACGAAUUGAAAGUAUAUUCACAAAGAAUCGACGAAUUGCAGGCCGCCCUAGAGGAGCAAUUCGAUAACGUCGACGCGGAAAAUUCGGACAGCGAACCGGAGCGCCCCUCAACGACAUCGGAUCCCGAAUAUAUUAUUUAUAAAAAAUUCACGCAAAUACAAUAGUCCAUAUGAAAAUAAGAAGCCAGGGAAAAUCUGUGAAACUGAAUUAUUUUCCAUCAAUGCUUUGUUAAAUGUAAAAUUUGAGAAUAUUUUAAUAAAUGUAAGUUGUUUUGAAUAAGGUUUAAAUAUAAAUUAUAUCCACG